UUUCAUCCCCGCUACUGCACGCAUGCAACAUCAAUCGUCUUCACCAAAACAUUCCAUUCUAUCCUUCUACCAACUUUCUCUCUUUCCGAUACUUCCAAUUUCACCAAAUUUCCGAUUACUCUUCCCACCCCCCAUACUUCCUCAUCCAAACCCCAACUCCCCUUCUCUCUCUCACCGAUAUUCUCGUGAACGUUACGCUCACAUCAGAAUGAGUUUUCAAGACUUAGAAUCCGGCCGCCGCAACCUAAUCAACGGCAAACAAAACCCGACGCAGGCGGUUGCUUCCGGCGUAUUUCAGAUCAACACUGCCGUCUCCACUUUUCAGAGACUCGUCAACACACUCGGAACCCCCAAAGACACGCCGGAACUCCGCGAGAAACUGCAUAAGACGAGACUUCAUAUUGGACAAUUGGUGAAGGAUACGUCGGAUAGACUUAAACAAGCCAGUGAAAUUGAUCAUCAUGCCGAUGUUAAUGCAACCAAGAAGAUAGCAGAUGCUAAAUUGGCCAAAGAAUUUCAGGCAGUGUUGAAAGAAUUUCAGAAGGCGCAGCGUCUUUCAGCCGAGAGGGAGACAGCUUACGCUCCUUUUGUUCCUUUUGUUCCGCAAGAUGCUCAGCCAUCCAGCUAUACAGUCAGUGGAGUAGGUGUUAGUUCGGAUAAAAGUCAAGAACAGCGUGCCCUUGUGGAAUCCAAAAGACAGGAGGUAAUAUCCUUAGAUAAUGAGAUUUCCUUCAAUGAGGCUAUCAUCGAGGAAAGAGAACAAGGCAUUCAAGAAAUCCAGCAGCAGAUUGGGGAAGUAAAUGAGAUCUUCAAAGAUCUUGCUGUGCUUGUUCAUGAGCAAGGAGCAAUGAUUGAUGAUAUUGGAUCAAACAUUGAGCAUUCGCAUGAAGCCACUGUCCAAGCAAAAUCAGAACUUGUGAAAGCUUCUAAAACACAACGAUCAAGCUCAUCUUUGGUGUGCUUGCUUUUGGUGAUAUUUGGAGUCGUGCUUCUCAUCAUCAUCAUUGUUGUUGCUGCUUAGUCCAUUAUAAAUCAAAGGUAGUAUUUACUGAGCUGCAGAAUCUCUCUUGCAAAUACUUCCACUGAAUGGUGUUUUACCUGAUCUCAUGCACGGCGCGGAAAUUGCUUACUCUAUCCUGUCUUUGUUGUUUAAGGGGGUAUGUUCUCCUCUUUAUGUUGGUGUUUGGAAUGUUAAGGAUGUGUCAUAACCUGCUUGUUGUGUAAGUCCUGUUCAUGUUUAUAUUUAAUAAAAUAACUAUUUAAUUCA